GUCAGUCCGCCCAAGUGGGAGCUGGAUUGGCCGUCGGGACCGCCUUCCGGAGAGGCCGCGGGGCGCGCGUAGGCUGCGCGGCUCGAGUGGGAGGGGCGCGGCGCAGUGUGGAGCCGCCGCAGUACCCACCCGGCCGCUGGUCACUGCUGCAGCCCGCCGGCUGGGCAGGGCCGGCCCGGCCCGGCCAUGGAGUCCUACGACAUCAUUGCCAACCAGCCGGUGGUGAUCGACAACGGCUCAGGUGUGAUCAAGGCUGGCUUUGCGGGAGACCAGAUCCCCAAGUACUGUUUCCCAAACUAUGUCGGCCGCCCCAAACACAUGCGUGUGAUGGCUGGAGCUCUGGAGGGGGACCUCUUCAUUGGACCAAAAGCAGAGGAACACCGAGGCCUGCUGACCAUCCGCUACCCCAUGGAGCAUGGCGUGGUACGAGACUGGAAUGACAUGGAGCGCAUCUGGCAGUACGUCUACUCCAAGGAUCAGCUGCAGACCUUCUCCGAGGAGCAUCCUGUUCUUCUAACGGAGGCUCCACUCAACCCAAGUAAGAACAGAGAGAAGGCAGCAGAAGUGUUCUUUGAGACUUUCAACGUGCCGGCCCUGUUCAUCUCCAUGCAGGCCGUGCUCAGUCUGUACGCCACAGGACGCACAACAGGAGUGGUUUUAGACUCGGGAGAUGGAGUCACUCAUGCUGUCCCCAUCUAUGAGGGCUUCGCCAUGCCACACUCCAUUAUGCGGGUGGACAUUGCUGGCCGAGAUGUAUCCCGGUAUCUCCGGCUGCUGCUGCGCAAGGAAGGUGUUGACUUUCACACCUCAGCUGAAUUUGAAGUUGUCCGGACCAUCAAGGAGCGAGCCUGCUACCUGUCCAUCAAUCCACAGAAGGAUGAAGCUCUAGAGACAGAGAAAGUGCAGUACACCUUGCCAGACGGUAGCACACUCGAUGUGGGACCCGCACGGUUCCGAGCCGCUGAGCUGUUGUUCCAGCCAGACCUAGUGGGGGAUGAGAGUGAGGGGCUUCAUGAGGUACUGGCCUUUGCCAUCCACAAGUCUGACGUGGACCUCCGCCGGACACUCUUUGCCAACAUCGUGCUUUCGGGGGGUUCAACGCUUUUCAAAGGUUUUGGCGACCGAUUACUAAGUGAAGUGAAGAAGCUUGCCCCAAAGGAUGUGAAGAUCAAGAUCUCGGCCCCUCAGGAGCGGCUGUAUUCCACGUGGAUUGGUGGUUCCAUCUUGGCUUCGCUGGACACAUUUAAGAAAAUGUGGGUAGCCAAAAAGGAAUAUGAAGAGGACGGCUCCCGUGCUAUUCAUCGCAAGACCUUCUAG